CCAAGAAGAUUCUUACUUUGCUUAUUCUGAUUGGCUGAAUUUAGGAUAGGGGGUGUUGCCCUUCAACAAAUGAGUUUGAGACUGGAAAUGGCAUUGAAAUGUACGAUUGACCAAAUAAUUAGGUUUUGAUUUUGAUCACAUAUUCCCUUAUAAAUAGGCUUAUAAAUCAAUGAUAUCAUUACAUUACAUGACGAAAUUACAACAUUGAUGCAAAAAAUGAUAAUUGUAAAUUUUUAAUUACAUUUAUUUUUUAUUUGGCAAAUUUUGAAUUGUCAAAGGAUGAGACAGUAUUCCAUAAAUGGAGUAAAGUAAAAUGGCAUAGAGAUUUCAAGAAAAUUUGAGCAUUAAAAUAUAGUAGUUUUAUUAUAUUUUCUUUUGAAAAGCAAUAGUUAUUUGUAAAAAUGGGAAUUAGCAAAGUCUGUUUAAUUAAAUAAAGAUAGAGGAAGACAGAUUUUCAAAUAAUAUUAGAAUGAAUAUUAAAAAUGUUUAAAUUUAAUUAACAAUUAUUUUAAGAAAAUGAGGAAUUCCAUUUAAUUAUUUUUAGUUGCUUAAAAUUUUUAUACAAUUUUCUUAAAUAAAUAUAUCUAAAUGAUAAUUCAGAUAAUCUUAACUCUGUUCCUAUUGAUGUUAUACCUUUUAGUGGUAAAACCUCUUGUUCCUAUGAUUAAAUUAAAAAUGUAGUUUGGUGAUGCUUGUUUGAUGAAAUUUCAUCUAUUUGGAGGGGAAUUAUGGGAAGCACUAAAAGAGAUGAAGACAAGCAAAGACUUAUUUAAAAGACAUAGAGACUUAUAUAUGAAACAUCCAUAUAAAAUAUUUGUAACAAAUUUUCUUUGGAAAGUAAGAAUAANCACUGUGAAAAUCAAGAUCAGAACUGGUUGA